AGUGAUAAUUUCUAUGGUGGUGGUGGUGGCGGCGGUGGUGAUUGGAAUCGUCAAAAUCGCCGCGGAUAUCGUGAUGAUAGGGGGUAUGGAGGGGGUGGGGGUGGAUACGGUGGUGGUGGAUACGGUGGUGGAAGAUCCCCAAAGAUACCUGAUGAACCCCCAUUCACUGCAUUUGUUGGUGGGCUACCUGAUGGCACUGUACAAGGAGAUAUCGAUAGAAUCUUUGAAAAUCUGAAUGUGAAUACUUUAUAUAUUUUUAUUAACUUUACAAAACAAAUAGGUGGUGAUGGACCACCUUUUAAUCUGACCUUUUUUGUCUCAAAUUUCAUUAAUUAUAUAAUUUAUUAUAUACCAGUGCUUUGAUGGUUGAAAAAUUAUGGAUACAGAUUUUGUCACACAGUUAUUCAUUUGAAGACUUUCAGCAGUUAUUGGGCAGCCAGCUUGAAAAGAUAUGUUAUUGACAAAAACUCUUUUACUUCAACUCUAGAUAAAAAGUGUGCGUAUUGUCAGGGAUCGCGAAACUGAUAAAUUUAAAGGUAUAUACUGAUAUGGAAUAAAAUAUGUCUAGUGAAGAGAUGAGAUAAAUUUAUAUUUUUUCUCCAAAUAUAGGUUUUUGUUAUGUGGAAUUCGAAGACCAAAAAUCAUUAAUCGAAGCUUUGGAAUAUAACAGUGCUGUAAGAUUGUUUAGGCUGUAAAGUUAAAUACAUAAAGAUAUAUCUUACACAAAUAAAAACCAAAUCUUUCUGCUGUUGUUUUAAUUCAUUUUGCAAGUACCAAGUUCUAUUUUAUGUAUUAUAUAAGUUGUGUAAAUGAGGCCAAUCAAGGUUAAAUAAAGUUUAUGUAACCUGUAUUUCUGUAGGAAUAUGGUGAUAGGCCACUUAGAGUGGAUGUCGCUGAAGGAAGGAAUAAAGAUCGUGGAGACAGAGGUCGCGGAAGAGGAGGUAUUGUAAUCAGAUGCUUUCAUUAGCAGGGCUUGAAAUAACGUUCCCAAAGUUCCAGAUCAUGGUGAUUGGCAGUCAUGAUUUUUCUGGUUUGAAACUGUGCUUUUCCACCCAUAAACAAUAUCUAGCCAAUAGGUGAUUGGCUGUCACUUCAAGCCUUGCUAAUGCAAGGUUUAUCAUGGUUUAUCAAUGGCAAUGCCCAUAUCUCUCAUCUGCUAAACAAUCUUCUCACAUGAAAUAAUAAUGAGACAACUCCAACAGGAAUUUGACUCAGGUGAACAAGGCUAAGGGGUCACUUAGCAAUACAUUGCCGGACCAAAGACAAUUUUUCUUAGCGAUGUUUUUUCCCUUCUAGUAAACAUUGCCUAAUAUUUUGGUUUGAAUUCUUUCAGGAUUCCGUGGUGGUCGUGGAGGCGAUAGAGGAAGACCACAGGGUGACAGAGGGCAAAAUAACUUUCGUGACGGGGGACGCGACCAGGGUACAAUAAUUAAACAAUGUCCUGACCUUUUUAACAAACCCUGAUUACCUUUUACCAAAUUCACCAAUAGCAAUUUCCAGUUUACCUAUUGUUCGAGUCACAGAUAGGUGACUUUCCUAAAACAUUGCCAUUGGUUAGCUGGGCAAAAAUACACUACACAUGUGACGGUGAAGGACCAGAUUUAUGAAUAAACGUUGACCAACAUAGAUAGCGAGUUAUAUUGUUAUUCUAAUGAGUUUGACAGCCAUCUUCCCUUCGAUAUAGGCUAUGCAUUCCCCACCAACGAAAGCUUGUUCAAAAUUUUCAUAUUAUAUUUUAUUCUUACAGGGCGUGGUGGCUAUGAUCGUGGUGGCUAUGAUCGUGGUCGGUAUGAUGGCGGCAGGGGGGGACGGCAACAUGGUCGUCGAGAUAAUAGAGGACCACCAAUGCCAUACGAGAACUUCCCUGAGCCAAGCGAAGGUAAACAUCGAGUGCUAUGUUCUCUGUACAUAACAGGGAAAGAUAGAGUGAGCUGAUCAUAUUUCCAUGAAGCCGAGUGACUUACAAAGGAUGUAGCUCAAAAGUGAUUAUGUCAAAGCUAACAUUAGGAUGCCUAUGGCUGCCUGAUCACAGAGGGCUAAGGUGGAAUGGUUGUUUUUGGAACACAGGACACUGGAACACAGAAAACUGGAACACAGGAGAGAAACAACCAUAAUUCUAUUUAAAUGAGUUUAUUAAGCACAUAAACCACAUCUAAGAUAUACCAGGGUUCCUGCAGGUCAGGAAGAGUUAAAUUCAAGGAUUUUCAAGGCCAUGUAUCAGGAAAUUCAAGGACUAAAGCUGAAAAGGCGUUAGAAAUCAGUAAAAAGUGAUGUUGAACUGUUCAAAUGGCAACAAACAGCUUUGGCCUUUGUAAGACAUGAACAAAAUCAACUUACAAAAUGGCCAGUUCUUAAUGCAAAACAAUUUCAAAAAAUUUAAGGACUUUCAAGCACUUCUUAGUUUAUAAACUCAAGGACUUUCAAGGAUUUUCAAGUUUUGUACAAACUCUGAUAUCCCCUACACUCAGUAGCAAGCUAACUCAGCAGUAACAGCCUGCUUAACCAUGUCUGUCACCCAUGCUAACCACCCCCGCCCCAGCUGACCACAUCUGUCACCCCUGCUGGCCAAAUCUGUUAACACAUAUGUAACCCCUGCUAACCUCAUCUCUCACCCAUGCUAACCACCCCCGCCCCUGCUGAACACAUCUGUGAUGCCUGCUCUAUCCAACCUUAAUACAAGAAGAAACUAGAGUACCAUGAAAAAACCUGUGGUAACUCUGUUGGUAGAGUGAGGGUGCCUAAAAUGGUGAUCACCAUCAUGAAUCCUGUUAAAGGCACAGUUCAGCCUUUUGAAUGAUGGUUUUUAAGGUGCAUUUCAGCCCUUUUAAUUGAAAGACUAACUAGGAAAAUCAAUUAUACAUAAUUCAAGAUCAAUAAACUCAAUGUGUUAAAACUUAAAAACAUUAAGUUUGCUGAUCUUGAAUUUUAGUUUGCCUGAAAAACCAUCAUUCAAAGUUUGCUGAUCUUGAAUUUUAGUUUGCCUGAAAAACCAUCAUUCAAAAGGCUGAACUGUGCAUUUAAUCUCACAUUUUUUUGCAGAAAGUGCUAGUGAGCGCCCUAGACUAAAGCUGUUGCCUCGUACAGUCAAAGAUCCUGUCAAUGAGAUAGCAGACUCUAUGCAACAAGCAAAGAUAUUUGGAGGAGCAAAACCACGUGACGAGAAACAAUACGUACAGAAGCAAGCGGAAAUCGAGAAAAAGCGAAAAGAAAGCGAAAGUAGCGACAAUUAACAGGUACAUACAUAUUGUGUAAAAUUUAUGAGAUAUUGUAUAUUUUUCUAGUGUCAUUUGCGAAACGUCGAGGUUAACAGUUUUCAGGUAGUUGAGACACAAACACGGUAGCUUAUUGUAGAAUACCUACACUGGACCACCACGUUUGAGAUAUCUUCUUCAGGUAGUUCAGACACAAACCACAGCAGCUUAUUGUAGAAUACUACCUACACUGGACCACCACGUUUGAGAUAUCUUUUUCAGGUAGUUCAGACACAAACCACGACAGCUUAUUGUAGAAUACUAGGUAGUAUUCCGUACCACCACGAUGAAGAUAUCUUCACAGAAUUUAGGAUACAAACCACUGCAGCAUACAGAAUACUUACCUACACUGGACCACCACGUUCGAGAUAUAUCAGAGGUCAUCAGACACAAAUUACCACUGCAGCUAAUAGACCUUUCCCCUUUUAAGUGAAUUUUGAUCUAGACAAGUGUAGACAAAAAUUUCAUCACAGCUUGAAAGAGCAUCACAAAAUUAGUAAUAUUCCGAAGUUUCGUUGCAAAAUGUUGUAAAAUGCGGAUAAUAUAGCCUUGCGAAGUUUGCCGUUUUUCAGUCAUUUGGUAUUACAAAUGGGAAAUUGAUAAUCAGAUGAUCAAACUUCACUUAAAAUGGGAAAGGUCUAUUGUUUAUCGACUACCAUCUAACGACCCAUUGUAUUACUAUCCUCCAAAAAACGUCUAUAUAUACAGUGUUUUUACUGUUUUAUUUUCAUUCUAGGGUUGAAUUAUCAUUUUAUUAUUGUGAGAGGAUACAAAACAACUCGGAGAGCACUCUUUCAAGUCUCAACUACGGAAAAUGCAGCUACACAUAUAUUGUUACAACCAUAAUGGUCAUAAAUUCGACAACAAUUCUAGACAGCUAUUGAGUCUACAAAGUUUAUUGUUUAAUAUAAGAAGUUUUUCCAAAGUACUGUUUGUAUAGUUGGAUAAAUUAUCGUAGCACUGUAGUUUUGAGGCGAUUUAGUAGGCUAGUUUAACUGACAGAGUACAUGAAAUUACAGAUUUAGGUUGUGGAGUUGUGGUUCUUCAAAUCUUUUCUGUUUGACUGGAAUUUACCGCAAAUGUAUAAUUUAUAGGAAAAAACUACAUUUUCAAAACGCAGUAAGUCGCGCCUUGAAUGUCCAAACAAACGCGAAAUUUUUCGGUAUAUAGACAAAUUUGAGUAUAAUUAAAUAUUUCAAUUGUGGGGUGCAUUUCUUUUUAAUAUGAAGACGAAAAAUCGAUAACGAGAACUCGAGAAUAAGUCGGCUGGUUUAGACGAACUGUCAAGAAUGAUAUUCUCGACAAUGUCGAAAAUGUCGUUCAGUUGAACUAGACCUGAAUUCAAGACAAACAUUACCUACAAACACCCCAUACAUAUAGUCUAUAAGAUAUGAUGAUCUGGAAACUGAACAGAAGUCAUUGUAUUAUGUUUUUGUUUGAGUCUAUGUUAAUUUGUGCACUGUGAUUGAGCUCAUUGUAUUUUCGUAUAAUGAAGUAACCGUCCUAUAGAAUAUAGGGAUAGCUGAGAUGAAAGUGCAGCCACGAUGAAUAAUAUUUUUAAGAGGCAAUUUUUUUCAAUGUCACGUAUUUGCAAUGAAAAGUGUUCAAAACCUAAAAUCUUUUUGGCGUUCCUCUCAGAAUCACUUUGUUUUAGCUUUAUUCUCUAGUUUAUAGAGUUAGCUACCUUUUUAAAUGCAUUUGCCGGUUGAGAAACAUAAAAUAAUAGUUAAAAAUUGUCAAUUUAAAUACAAUUAUCAAGGAUGUUUUAAAAUUGACGCCAUAUUUACAGCCAUAUAAGCAAAACUUACUGAACUUCAGACAUAAUCUUCUCUUUGGCGUAUCAUCUAAAAUCUCUUCAUUUUAGCAUUAUUUUACAGAUAAAGCACUAAACAUACUUUAUAAGUUUGUUUGCCGAUUGAGAAACGUAUCGAAAAAUAAAAAUUUUCAAUUUAGUCAUAACCUCAAGUGGUAUAUUAUACGCAUUAGUUUUGAGCGCGUGUUACGUAACAUACAAAAAAACUCCUCUUAAUGAAGUUGAGACAAAGGAUUUGUGCACGGUGAGGAACAACAUCAAACCAAGGUCUUCUAUUUUGUAGCUUUGAAGUUUGCCGGGUUUCCAGAUCAUCAUAUCUUGACAGACUAUAAUAACCCCGUUUACACUACGCUCAAUUUUUGGUACGGCACGGAUAAAAUCGGUACCCGUACCCCUUUUUUGGUUCUUGAACCAAAAAAGUGGUACGGGUAUACCAAUUACCAAAAAUUGAGCGUUGUGUAAACGGGGCUUAUGCAAACAGUGUUUUCAUCGAGGUGAAUGUAGUCUGAAAUACACGUCAUUUUUAAUAGAAUUAUUAAUAUCGAUCGAAACUUAAUCAUCUCGAAAUAACUUUUAGCAUGCAGUUCACAUAUUUAUCCAUGAGCAUAUUGUUCGUUGUUUUUGUAGAACUUUGUUUCUCGUUUUCCUUUGUCAAUCAGACGCAAUUAACUUAAUCUUUGUAAAAUGCGGUAUAUAUAAAUAAAUAAAGUUGUUCCUCGAUAUUUACUUGUUAUUUUGAGUAUGUGGUCACAGAGUAAAUACCGUACAGAGCUCUCACUUAUUAAUUUCAGCGCAAGCCGGGAUUUUUCCAGUACGCCAUGUUCUUAGCAAGUGCCCUAAAGAGAGGCUGUCACCCCCUGAAAACAUAUUGAAUGUUAAUGUUCCGGGGUGGACGCCUCUCUUUAGGGCACUUGCUAAGAAGAUGGCCGCCAGAUUGCGCAGUAAAAACUACCUUUUCUUACGAAGUGAUAUAUCUGUACGAUCAUAGUUAAUAGAUGGUUGGAAACUCAUUAGAAUAACAAUAUAACUCAUUAUCUAUGUUAGGUCAACGUUUAUUCAUAAAUCUGGUCCUUCCCCGUCACGUGCGUAUUGUAUUUUUGCCCAAAUAACCAAUAGCAAUGUUUUAGGAAAAUUACCUAUCCGUGACUCGAACAAUAGGGUAAAUUGGAAAUUGCUAUUGGUGGAUUUGGCAAAAAUACAAUACACACGUGACAGACAUCGACUAUUUUGCUGACCUCAGAAUGACAUUUCGUCAAAACUUUUUUCUUCAAGAUGGUUUAGAAACAAAUUUGGAGUAGGGUUAGGUUAGGGUUAGAAUUGAUGUUUGGAGUAGAGUUAGUGUUAGUAAAACCGUUGCUUUGUUACGUUUUGUCACUUUGAGGCCAGCGAAACAAUCUCUUUCCAUGAAUAAACGUUGACCAACAUAGAUGAGUUAUAUUGUCAUUCUAACGAGUUUCCAAACCAUCUAUUCUAUACUCUGUGAUAUGGCGAAAUUGAGUAAACACUUCCACGAAUUCCAUUUCACAAAUCCGUUUCAAGUACGCCCUCCACACUCCUUCUUCGCACCACGUGAUUCAGAUGACGACUCUCCAUCGUGGGCUCGGGGUACGUCACUGGACGAUUCUCCCUAAACUUCUUCCGUCGCUCGUUACUAGUCCCUUUAUUCUUAUUUACAUCCACGCUGCCAUUCUGUCCCAGGAGGCCUAGCGACCUGAUAGCCCGGUAUUGAUCCGGGAUCUCCAUAAGUGCCUGGACUGCGAACUCCGCCUCGAUAUCGCGCGAAAAUCUCGAAUUCUUUUUCUCAACGAACUCAACAAAUUGAAAAUUAUCGAAGCGCCUCUGGGGCAGUUUGUCGUCAUAUUCGUGCAUCACUUCCCAAGGACCAUCUCCGACGCCAACUAAAACGAUAGACAAGGGAUAAUUUGAAGCAUCUACAAUCGCUGAACGUGUUUCCAAAUCAUGUUCAUUCUCCACUCUGCCGUCCGCAAUGAUCAGGAGCACAUGGUAUUUGCCCGUUUGCUGAACUAUCUCAAUUGCUUUUCGAAUAAUAGGAGCGAAACUAGUCGGUCCACUGAGAGAAACAGAUCCCACUGUUCUAGUGUAACGAGUUAACACUUCGUCGACCCCUUUACAAGGCGACUCGUCUAUUAGCGGAAAAACGCUAUGCCCUUUCGUUCUGUCGUCCCCAAACCCGUACACUGGAAUCAAAUUGUCUUCAUUAAAUUCUUGUAAAGUUUCUCCGAUUGCUCUUAUAACUCGUUGGUAAGGAUUCCAUUUACUAAUACGGUUCGAUUUGGGGUCAAUGUUAAUAUGAUGCAGCGAUCGUCCACUAAAACUUUUUCUCCCCUGCCAUUCGUUACUGGCAGUAAAAUCUAUGCCAAUUAUAAGGUUCGCUUUUACAAGGCCACCAACUCGCAUGGCAUUACUGAUUUCGGCUAAACUGUUAAAGCGAUCUUCGAUCUCGAAGAAAGUGUUCGAUCUAUUCGUGACCCCAAGCCGACGCAGCAAAGACCAGCUUCGAAUUCGCUUUGGAAGAAUAUUAUAAGCUCGCCUUGGGUGGUACACGAUAUUAUACACAAUAUAGCACAACCACACGAAGACAGCAGCAAUAAAAAUAUAUCCCAACAACAUUAACAGUACACUUAAAAUUUCUGCCAUUACACUGUCGGAAUUAAAAAGUUGUUUAUGUUCCUCCAAUUUGCAUAUAAUCACACACUUCGGUGAGUAUCAACACUGUAGUCUUUGACGGCACUUGUUAGGUCUGCUUUUCAGUUUAACAAGCUCGGUGAAUUAGCCGUAUGAUCUUACAAUCAACAAUCAUAUCCAGGGCGAAGGUCAACUGGUAUAGAAUUCUAAGAAUUGUAACAAAAAUCCACCCUUUUAAUCUUUAUACGACAGUUGAUAACCCGAGGACUUCCUACAACAAAAUGUGAAGAUACUUGCAGUUUGAUUUGCUCAACUUGCUUUUCAAAAUACACAUUAAACACCAACCACUUUUAGUUUUAGCGACUUGACAACACGAUCUUUUCGCUUAAAGACAUAAAGUUCUAUCGAGCUAUCGACUUAAUAUAACUACAAUUUUUAACUUCCUUAAAGUGAUAAACGUAAUUUCGAUAUAAGAUUAUCCACAACAAGUUCAAAGCGGAUUCCAGGCAGCGUUGAGAGCAAGUGGUGUCAAAUAUACAGUCAGUUCCGCCACUGGGCAAUGGCUCUUAGUAACUUCCUUCCGUUUCAUAAAAUUUCUGUUGUCGUUCGUCCAAUUUAGGUUGACUGCAUGUAUUGACAUCUAGUCUGUAGAUGUAGUUAAUAUAUGCAUUCUUCAACUAUGUACACUUUGUCUGCUUAAUAUUGACAUGCAUGCCUGCAUAAG